AUGUCGCUCUCGCACUCGCUCGUCUACAUCGACCAAAACCUUCCGGACCAAUCUAUUCCGCUCUCCAACGCCUCGGCUCCUCCGCCACCGGCUCCGAUCUGCUGGGGACUCACGGCCGACGCGCUCCUGAUCGGCUACUGCAUGGUCAUGGCCUUCCUCUCGAUCGUCAUCAUCGGCGCCUUCGACUUUGUUCUCUUCUCUUUCCGCUUCUCGCUAAUCAUUCUUCUCGUCGCGACGAUGGCCCUCACCGGCAUCUCCGCCAGCAAGAAGGAUCGGCAGAUGCUUCAGUUCAUGUUCUGGAUGACUGUAAGUUCCGAACAAAAAACAACCGAUCAUUAGAAAAAGCGUAUGGUUUCUACAGACCUGGUUCCUCGGCUUCAUCGUCUUCUUCGCCAGUAUCAUCCUGCUCCGGAACUUUGAAAACUACAUGGACCCGUCGGAGAACGAGGAGGAGACGUUCCAAAUGUACCUGCAAUACACUUCUCCACUUCUUGCCCUUUUCGCCGUCAUUUUCAUCAGUAAGCACGGGAGAAACGCAUAGUUUUUCUGAAGCUGUCACUAUGUUGUUGGCGGUUUUCUUUUUCACAUUUUCACAACUACAUAUGAUGACUCAAAAGCGCAUUUCAGAACUGCUCAUUCUCGUUGGCCUCAUCGCCUUGACGAUCAAAAGACAGGGAAAUGGAAAUGGAGCCGAUGGAGCCCAAAUCGAGGGAAUCGUGAUGUGGCGCCAAGGAAUCGAGACCGAUGGCCAGUAA